AUGUGUGACCAGGAGGCAAAACUCUCAACAGGGAAUAAGAAGGAAGAAGGGUACAUUCAACUCAAAGCCAUUGGAAAGGACAGCAGUGAGAAUCACUUCAAAGUGAAAAUGACAACACAUCUCAAGAAACUCAAAGAACAAAUUGUUGAUAAUCACAAUCCAAGAGAACUGGGAAUGGAGGAGGAAGAUGUGAGUGAAGUUUAUCAAGAACAACCAGGGGGUUAUUCAAUGGUUUAG